AUGUCACUAAGUUCCUCAGAGUUGAAGGCUUCAAUCAUAGAAUAUGACUCCAACGCGAGUGUACAGAAAUCUAUGGAUAGACUGCAGACUGCGUGGCAGUGUUGUGGCUUUGAUUCUUACCAAGAUUACGAAUUCAACAAUCUAUUCAAAUGCAGUGCUAAAGGAGAGAGAGCUUGUGGUGUACCCCCAUCUUGCUGUAUUACAAUUGAGGGUCAUUUCCCCAAACUGUCCUGCGGCUAUAAUGUUCGACGUAACCUGACUAUGGAUCCCCAGGCAAGCUCAUAUGUCUAUACUGAGGGGUGUACACCCCACCUGCGGUCCUUACUCGUGCUACGACUGGACAUUGUUGGUAUGGUAGGACUAGGAAGUUCCAUACCCCAGAUUAUCGGAUUUUUGCUGGGUUACUAUUUCAUACGACGCGUCGAGGAAUACCAUGUUUGGUAUCGAGUUGGCGCCAUUGGUUCUUCGAUGUCGACCAGUUCUUGA